CAGGUAAGAUGGCAGGAACAAUAGAGGAGAGAAUAGAGGAGAUACUCCGAGCGCUGAAGGGACGUCACCCUGGUCAGGAGGAGUUCAUGCAGGCUGUAGAGGAGGUGCUGGUGUCUCUGAAACCUCUCUUUGAGAACCAGGGAGAGGAGGAUUACCUGGGAGCCUUCAGUGUGAUUGCUGAGCCGGAGAGAGUGAUCAAGUUUAGAGUACAGUAUCCAACCUUCGGACCUGAAGGAGCCGAAUUACACACUACAACUGGUUACAGAGUUCAGUUCAACUCAGCUCUGGGUCCCUACAAAGGGGGUCUCCGCUUCCACCCUUCAGUCUCUGAGAGUAUUAUCAAGUUCCUGGGGUUCGAGCAGAUCUUCAAGAACGCACUCACUAACCUGCCUAUUGGUGGCGGGAAAGGGGGAUGUGUCUUCGAUCCUAAGGGUAAGAGUGACAGCGAAGUGAGGAUGCUGUGUGAACACUUCAUGAAGGGGCUUUACAGACACAUUGGACCCAACCUGGACGUACCUGCUGGUGAUAUUGGAGUAGGAGGACGAGAAAUAGGCUACAUGUACGGAGAGUAUGUAAGACUGAAGGGGCAGCCUGACAUGGGAGUACUGACGGGGAAGAGUACAGACUUUGGGGGUAGCAAACUAAGACCUGAAGCUACAGGAUACGGACUCGUUUAUAUUACUUUGGAAGCAUUGAAGAAGUACAACCACUACAGAUAUCUACCUGAAGAGAGGAGAGCUGGAGUUGCUGAAAACUGUUUCAAAGGUUUGAAAGUGCUGAUUAGCGGCUCUGGGAAUGUAGCCCAGUUCGCUGCCCAGAAAGUAAUGGAACUAGGAGGUCAGGUGUGCUCUUUCUCUGACUCUACUGGAACCAUCACCUCCACUGAAGGUUUCAGUGAGGACCAGCUGAAGGAACUGUUCCAUCUGAAGAACGUGAAGAGAGGAAGAGUAAGUGAAAUGAGUACUGCUGAAGGGUUGGAAUAUCACGCCGGGAAAUCCGUCUGGGAACUAGGUCUGAACUGUGAUAUAGCUCUGCCCUCUGCUACUCAGAACGAGAUAACGUUGGAGGGAGCAAAGAACCUUGCAGCGGGGGGUUGCUGGUGUGUGGCUGAAGGAGCAAACAUGCCGACAACCAACGAAGCAGUAGACUACCUGAAAACUAAAGUUGACAUCUACAUUCCUGCUAAGGCGGCUAAUGCUGGUGGGGUGGCUACUUCAGCUUUGGAGAUGGCUCAGAACUCUGCCAGGCUGUUCUGGUCCAGUGAGGAGGUGGACGAGAAACUAAACGGAAUCAUGACGAACAUUUUUGCUACAGCUUACAAAACCGCACAGGAAUUUGAUAGACCUUGGGACUUACAAUUUGGAGCAAACGCUGCCGGCUUCCUUAAAGUGUACAAAGCGUACAAAGCCAUGGGAUAUCUUAAAUUCUAAGACACCUUUAAUAUGAUAGUAUAUAUGGGUAUAAGGUGUGAAACACUUAUGGGACAAUGCAAGAUAUUGACUUUUUAUGACCAAACCAUAUGCGAUUCGCAUAAUUUCAAUUAAUGUUAACGUUUUAGUUGUAUAAUAUUAAUAUAAGGAAUGAUUCUAUUUCAGUUUUGAUUUUAUUGAUAUAAAAAGUAAGUCUGA